AUGAAGUAUCAACCGCCGACCAACUUCAUGUCGUCCCUCAGAGCCGUUCUCAUUUCCACCGGCGUUUUAUCAGCGGCGAUUGUGCUGAAAGUCUCGGCUCCGGCCAUCACAGAUCUCGCCGGAUGUCUGCCGUCGGUCUACAACAGCUUCAUUUCGUGGCUGAGGCCUCCGUACCUGUACCUUGUCGUCAAUUUCAUCAUCAUCGCCAUCUUAGCCUCCUCCAAGCUCCAGUCCGAGAAGUACGACGAAGAGAUGCCGUCGUCCGCCGCGAGCUCCGCCGUACGGAGGAAGCUGACGGAGGCUGAAAUAUCUCCGGCGCACUAUCCUACGUCGGAUUACGAGUACGACGGCGUUUCACUCAGCGGUACCACGGUGGAGCAGGGGAAAGGAUCCGAGCUCGACUCGUCCGAGCGUGCGGAUGCGAAAGAAGUAAUUGUUCCGUUUGUGAGAGAUGCGACGAGCAAUAAAGAGAACGAGUUCGUGAUUGGUAAAUCCACGAGCAACGGAGGCUCGGCUGAAAAUUCUCCGGCGAGGGUGAGACCGACUGUUUCUGGGAGAUACGGUCACCGGAGAAAUGUGAAAGCGAGUCCUGAAGGCGUGAGAACUGUGCUGGGAGUAACGAGAACCAUGAUGAAAUCCGACACCUGGGCACCCAACAACAGGCCCCGCCAGCUGCCGGAGAAGACUCUGCCACCAAAGACGAUGAAGAAAGCCGAGACCUUCAACGACCGGACAAAUACACGGAGCCCGAGCCCGUCAACCGGUGGGCCUGGAAAGCUCCGGCAGGAGGCUUCGCUGAGCCACGAUGAGCUGAACCGGCGAAUCGAGGCUUUUAUCAAGAAGUUCAAUGAGGAGAUGAGGCUGCAGAGGUAG